AAUGUGGAUCGCCGCUGGGACUCUAUUCUUCACUCUAGCCGUCUUCCUUAAUUCUAUUGAAUUAAGUUCAUCACAGAGCUUUUGGGAAUUAUUUCCUGAAACCCUCUGUGACACCUUGCCUCCUAUCAAGACACUUGAAUAUAAAGAAACUGAACCAUCGUGGAAUUUACGAAAACUCGUCGAUAACAGGAUAACUGAAUUCAUUUCAAAUUCAACUUUAAUAGCAAGGGCUAAUGUCAUCGUUGGCUGGCGGGACAAAGAUAACAUUGAACCACUAUCUGAUUUGUCAGGCGAAACAAAUCAUGUAUUUGACACAAAUCAAAAAUUGUUUAUAAAACUCAACAGAAAUGACCUUAAGAUACUAGGUGCUAACCGUCGUUUAUCAAAAAUUCGUACUCUUGAACAAGCUGAUCCUUUACGCAGACCUACCCCGCGAAAGUGUCCACUCGAGAAACCCAUCAAACAGGUCAAGCAAACCCGCAAGAAACCCCGCAAGUAA